AUGGGCAGCCUUUCCUGGGACUCGGAUAGGUACUCUUUCCCUCUUAUAUAUAGAAUUCUAUCUAGAAGUGCUCCACGAUGGCAAUCAAGACAAGGGAACUGGGAUGUGGCGAGACAACUGGAUGACACAUCUAUUAUGGCUGCUUCUUCUUCUUCCUUCAACACACUUCUGAGGAUGGAGCUUGGUGCAACGGGUUCCUCUUCCAAUGUCACCCAAAAUUCGGUUGGAUUAACGCAAGUUGUGCAACGGCUACUGCAGCCUCACAGACUUGGGCGGAUGGUGAACAUUCAUCCAAUCAAGAUACUAGAAGCCCCGGGCCUUCUGGACGAUUUUUACCUGAACCUCAUUGAUUGGGCACCACAUGGAGGGCCUAUUGCUGUUGCACUUGGAAAAUCAAUUGUCUUCAUUGAGCGUGUGCUCGGGAAGCGUUCCCGUACCUUUCGCUUUUCCACAGCAAGCGACGGGAUCACUUGCAUUAAGCACGCACCAGCCUCUAAUGCACUGGCUACUGGCCUUUCUUCUGGGAGCUUUUUGUUCUGGGAUCGAACGCAGGGCGUGCCUUUUUUUUCGCUUCCUCAUAUCCACGCUGGGCGCAUUGGAGCAAUCUCUUGGCGUAACGCCAAUAUUCUUAGCGUCGGGGGCAGGGACAGAAAGAUCCAACACAUUGACAUAAGGACGGCAAAAUCGUGUUUUAAUGGUGUCGCAUCUGCACAUUCGCACUCACAGGAGAUAUGCGGGCUUGCCUGGGACCCCAGCGGCAUGUUACUUGCCUCUGGUGGAAAUGAUAACCGGCUUCUAAUUUGGGACGCGCGGCAGAUGGGCGCAGAGCCACUUGUAGAAUACACAGAUCAUUUGGCUGCGGUGAAGGCUAUUGCCUGGAGCCCUUCUUUGCGCAAUGUGCUCGUUUCUGGAGGUGGGACCCUGGACCGUCGGCUUGUUUUACGCGACAUUUCGGCUGCCCCUAUCAUUGUCUCUGCUAUGGAUACCGGCUCUCAGUUCGCCGUAGAGCGCAAUGAGCCAAAAACCACGAUAACCAGUGCAUGCUGGGGUAUUAAUACGCCUUUGCCUCCAGGGGCGCGGCUGACACCUCUUGUCCACUUUGAGCCCUCGAGCGAGCGAAUCGUACACAUGGCAGCCGACCCGGCCGGCGAGCAUGUGAUUACGGGUGCUGGAGACCACACUCUCAAGCUGUGGAGCGUUUUUCGGCCGCAAAACCACCAGAAACCUGACUAG